AUGGAUGAAGAAGAAGAUGAUACAUCAUCAUUUCGUACACAUUUAUUCGAUUUGUCUAUUAAACGAUCGAAUAGUUCACCUGCUCUUCCAUCACUUGUUACUACUAUUGAAAAUGAUAUGCAAUUUGAUGAAACAGAUUUUUGUGAUUCAAAAUUACGUCGACAUAGUUCAUCAUUUAGUUCUCAUCAAUCUCGUCUUAGUCGAUUUGCUCAUAUAAUGAAAAAUGAAUUAACUAAUCCAAUUGUUGAUGAAGCUUCACAAGAACGUGAUUUACAUGAUAAUAUGAAAAUGUCGAUAUCAUUUACUGAUUUAGCAGUUGGAGAUGAACAACAGCCUCAACAAUCAGCUCAUUUAAUAGAUAGUCGUCGAUCAUCAGUAAAUAGUUCAGAUUCAUCGAAUCUCUGUUAUUCAUCUUCACCAAGUCCAUCAACUCCUGCUCGACCUUGUGCUGUUGUUAGUAAUCAAAGACAAUGUUAUAGUCCAGCUCUACAGCAACAAGUUGCACCAUUUCAAUGUUAUUUAGCUUCUCCACCUAGUCGUUCACAAAGUCCUAUUGGAAUGAUUACAAAUACAAAUACAAAUAAUACUAAUAAUAAUAAUAAUACUAAUAAUAAUAAUUCAUCAAGUAAACUUACAUCUUUUCCACCUAAUCUUAAACGAAAACAAACUGAUGAUUCAACAACAACUGGAUUAAGUAAUAAAAAGACUCGAAUAGGUAGUGAUAAUGAAUCACUAUUUGGAUCAACUAAUUCACCUGAAUCUCCAUCAUCGUCAUCAUCUGGUCUAAUUGAAUCGAAUACAAAUUUACUUACUACUCAACAAUCACUCAAUUUUCUAUCUUCUAUAGCUCCAUCGUUAUCUUCUUCUUCUUCUUCAUCAUCAUCGACUGCUAUGAAUAAUGAUAAUAGACAUUUUAAACCUAUACAACAUGUUGAUAAUGAUAUAUUUCCUCCACCAAAUUCACCAAGUAUAUGUCCAAGUCCAACAAAUUCUACAUGUUCAUCAUCAUCAUUAACAUUUACACCUAUAUCUCCAGCAUCAACAACAUCAUCAUCAUCAUCAUCAUUUUUACUUUUACCAGCAAAUUUUAAUCGUUCAACAGUUAUACCAUCAAUACAAUCAUCAACAUUAAUUAUACCAUCAGCGACAAAAACUAUUAAUAUAAAUACAAAUUAUUCAAAAUUAAAAUCAAAUAAUCAAAAUCAAUUUCAACGUGAUCGUUCAAUGGAUGAAUCAUCAUCACUACAACCAUUAUCUGUUAUAUUACCAACAACAACAACAACAAUUUCUCAACAAAAAUCGACUAAUUCAUCAUCAUCAUCAUCUAAACAACAACAAUUUUUCUUUUCAUCUGAUGACAAUAAUUCAACAACUGCUCAAUGA